UUUUUCAUUUACCUAGAAGAGUUUGUCACAUUUUAUUCCUUAGAAAUUUAUUUUCAUUUAAAAAAAUGUCUAAAAAAGUCACAAGAUUCCAGUUAGACUCUGUGGCAGGUCCCUCAAGAGCAUCUAAAACCAGAACCAAUGAAGCAAAUCAUGAUACAGAUGAGGCCGUGGAUGAUUUGCCUCAGAUUGAGUAUGAAGGUGAUGAGGCGGAAACCACAAAACGAGUACGUUUAGCACCUUCAAUAGAUUCCAUGUCCUCGCAGAGCGAUGGCAGCCAAGACUCCGUCCAUUGGAUAAAGGUAGGUGUACUCGGUGUCAUUUGGUUGGUCUACACAGUUGCCAUAGUAAUGGGCAAGGAGCAGGAUAUGCGUCCCAUCAUCACAGCCAUACAUCCCAAAGAGACAAAGAAGUUGCCUAUAAAAACUGCUGCAGGAGUUAAACAUUUAUUGGGUGUUUAUCUCAAUGGAGCCUUUCUAGAGGGUCAUGAAGUUCUGCCCAGUGCUGUGGAGAAAAAGCCAUACCUGGCCUUGCAUGUGGAGCAAAGCAAAGGCAAAAUGGAAAAGACUGUAAGCCAGAAAUUGUAUGUGGUUUUAAUCGAUUGGAGUCAGCUACAGUAUAGUCCCAUAAUUCAGAAGCCAAUCGUCAUGGAUUUAAGUCGGCAGGUGCUAUAUACCGAAGGAGAAGAGUCCUUGGCCUUGGUGCUCAAUACCAACAUAGAAGAGAUUUUUACUCUCAAGCUUUGGUUCGACCUCAGUCCCGUGGACAAAUCCCUGGGCAUCCCUUUGGGAGCUAUGGUGCUGUUAUUUCUCUACAUUUUGAUUAUCUGGGAAUUUGUGGAUCGUACCUUUGCUGCAGUGGUGGCCUCCACGUUGUCCUUAGGCAUUCUAUCUGCCUUGAGUGCUCGUCCUCCGACUUUCAAAAUAAUGUCUUGGUUGGAUGUGGAAACUUUGAUGUUGCUCUUUGGCAUGAUGAUUCUUGUGUCUAUACUCUCGGAGUCUGGCAUUUUUGAUUAUCUGGCUGUAUUGGCCUAUGAGCUGUCCCAAGGAAAACUUUUUGGUUUGAUUUAUGUGCUCUGCCUGUUCACUGCGGUCUUGUCUGCUUUCCUGGACAAUGUGACCAUGAUGUUGUUGGUCGCCCCAGUAACCAUACGUCUCUGCGAGGUUUGUAACUUAAAUCCGGUGCCUGUGCUUAUGUCCAUGGUGAUCUAUUCGAAUAUUGGGGCCGCCCUUACGCCGGUGGGAGAUCCUCCCAAUAUCUUGAUAAUGACCAAUCGCUACAUCAGUACCCAUGGUGUGAAUUUUGGCACCUUCUGCUUGCACAUGAUGCCCCCCGUAGUUAUGGGUAUGAUAUCCACCUUCGUCCAUCUGCGCUUGAGAUAUCCCAAGAUUCGUAACUUUAUGAACAAACAAUCGUUGCAAAUUGAGACAGUCAAACAUGAGAUCCAAGUUUGGGAAAAGGCGGCCCAGGCCAUAGCUCCCUCCACAACCGAUGAAGAGAUUGUCCAGAGCACCUUGCACAAGAAGGCCAAAGCCUUGAAACAGAAAUUAAAGGAACUGGAAUCGCUUGGCACAUAUGUGGCCACAGAUUUCCAAACCACUCUGGCAGAUAUGAGAAGGACCUAUUCCAUUCGCAACAAGAAGCUGUUGAUCAAAUCGACUGUGGCCUUUGUGUUUGUAUUGUUGCUCUUCUGUUUGCAUGCAGUGCCCAAUUUGCACCAACUUUCUUUGGGCUGGAGCGCUUUAAUGGGGGCAAUUCUUCUGCUGAUCCUGGCCGAUGAGGAAGAUAUUGAGACAGUGCUGUCUCGUGUGGAAUGGUCGACGCUGCUCUUCUUUGCCUGCCUCUUCACUUUCAUGGAAUCUCUAACGGAACUUGGCCUAAUUGAGGUUCUGGGAAAUUUGUGCAUUAACAUCAUCGGCAAAGUUUCCCCCGACCAUCGUCUGCUGGUUGCUUUAAUGCUGAUCUUGUGGGUUUCGGGCAUUGCCUCAGCAUUUCUGGCCAAUAUUCCGGUCACAACCAUGAUGAUUAAGAUUGUCAUCAGUCUGGCCCAGAAUGAUGAUUUAAAGCUGCCGCUGGCACCCUUAGUUUGGGCCUUGGCCUUGGGGGCUUGUUUUGGAGGUAAUGGCACUUUGAUUGGAGCCUCAGCCAAUGUGGUAUCUUCGGGUGUGGCUGAACAACAUGGCUAUCGAAUGUCGUUUUUGGAGUUUUUUUUCUUUGGAUUUCCCAUUAUGAUCAAUACUUUGGUGGUGGCCUCGGUUUAUUUAUUUUUGGCUCAUUGUCUUUUGGAGUGGCAUUGAGGGGAUUUGAUAUCUUUUGAAAUUUCAAUGAAAAUAUUUAAAUUUUUUUAAUAAAUCUAAAUUUAGUUUUUGGUUUCAAA